GCCUCAUAUUAUGCAGACAAACCACUCUUUUGCAAAGCUGCCGUAUCUCCUUCUAUUUGCUUUUUCGUAACUACUUCGAAGCUCGUUUUCUACUGUGAUGCGGUUCCUCAAGCGAUGACGUCAUUUCUCACAGCCAACCAAUAGUAUCCCAGCAUGAGCGCUACUUCCAGCAACACUUCGUUCUUCUCCUUCGGCCCUGAAAACAGUUUCGUCUCGAAAAGCUUUGAGCGGUUGCGAUACCGGAAUCUCCCCCCUUCGCUCCACGAUCUCAUCAUCGGCGGCAGCGUCCUCGACGUACACUGGGCUACUCUAGGACCUGUCCCCCAAUCCUGGGUCCUGAGCUUCAAGGAUACAGGCGGGAAGAACAAUCUCGGUUGGGGAAGCUCGACCCCGGAAAGACUCAAAGACGUGUUGUCUACACUAACGCCAUCGCCACACUUUCGUAGCUUUCUCGGUCCUCUAGGAUCUUUUGUAGCCUGGGACCCAACGUUUAUCCGCUGGACCGGGCUACCGUCAUGCUUGGAAGACACCUUUCAGUCAUGGCUCACGCCUUCUGGCUGGAAGGCCGGACCGCCGCGCCUCGCAACUUGGGGACUAGAUGAUGCGUUCUUCGCGAUUAGCGAAUACGGCGACGUGGCGUAUCGAUUAGGAUCCGAAGGUGGAGAAGAGACGUGGCCGAUCUUCAAAGAGACGGUAGAGGAGUGGAGGGCUGAGAGAAGGUUCAGCUGGGAUGAGCUUUCCUAUCUAUCACUCGACUCAACGACGCCCGACCAAUUCAUCGCGAUCCGUUCCAACGGCACGUGGGCGGGCAGCAUCGACGAUAGCAAUGAAGAUGCGCUGGAAGCCUUUACGCUCAACUUCUUCGCACGCUCCAAGCCCAAAUCGAAAGCAAAGCCGCCCCCGAAGUCUAACGGCUACCACCACCAGCAAGCCAGUAGUACCAUUCCCAGGCCCGAAGAAACGACACCAGACGCCGCAACGCAAGCUCUCUAUGAGAAAUGGGCCACAGAAACCGCCUCUGUCUUCGCCUCCGCGCUCGCCGCACGGUCCCAAGCAACCCCAUCACCUCCCACAAACGCGAAAGGAACACCAGCUCGACCGCGCGCGCCCAAGAAACUCCAGAUCCGCUCCCAAUCCUCUAGGGCCGGAAUACCAGCCACCAGCUCCACCUCUUCCAACGCGAAACUCUUAACAACAUUUCCCCACCCACCCGCCGCGCUAACGACAUGCGCCCUACCCGCCUGUACGCCGCACAAAUCCGACCCCGCUGGCCUCCGCGCCUGCAAGCACGACGUCGAGAGACUGCUUCGAGCGUCGGGUCUGUAUAGUUAUGAGUGGCUGAGGCAGGAGCGCAUACGCUGGCACCCUGAUCGCUUCGGACGGCUCUGCGAGGAGAGCUGGAGAGAAGAAGGGCGCCGGCUGGCGGAGGAGAUGUUCAAAAUCAUAGAUAGCCUGAUCACGGACCUGGACAGGAUGAAGGGGGCCUGAUUGAUGCUUGGCGGAUUCGAUGCGUUGAAGCCUCCUGGAGUGGUUUUUUUGGAGCAAGUAAAUGACUUUUCUAUAUGAAAGGGGAGGGUGCUGGUGCGAAUAGAGGCGCGCGGGGUCGGGUC